AUGGUCAACGAUGAAAUGGACGAUGUAUCAGACAGUUUUACGCAGGAACAAUAUGAAGCACUAAAAGCACUAUGGACCGAUGCUGCACUACGAAAAAUAUUCUCUGAUUCUCGACUAUACAUGAUCAAUGAAUCUACUAAAUAUUUUCUUGAUGCUUUGGAUCGUAUCGCUGCCAACAAUUAUAAACCAACUGUUGAAGAUAUGUUAACUGCGUAUUGUCCAACAUUUGAAGCAGAAAAUUUUGUCUUCAAUGUUGAUAAUCAAACAUUUCAGAUUUUUGAAUUUGCAAGUCAAGGUACUGAACGACUUAACUGGGUACAACUUUAUGAUUACAUUGAUGCUAUCAUAGUUUGUAUAUCGUUGUCGGCAUACAAUCAGAUGAAUGAAGAAGAAGCUUUUACGUCAUAUUUGGAUGAUUCGUUAAAACUUUUGGAAGAAAUAUGUGCACAACCCAAAUUUGGUGAUGCAUUAAUUUUUGUAUUUUUAAAUAAAGUGGACCUUUUUGCUGAAAAAUUAAAAGAAGUACCGUUAUGUGAUUAUAUGAAAGAAUAUACCGGUUCAUGCCGAUUUGAAGAUGCAAAAACAUUUUUUGAACAAUUAGUACGAUCAAGAGUUUCGGAACGUAAGGAACCAAUGAAAGUUGAAUUUACCUGCUUUACAAAUAAUGAAUUGACAAGGAUAACAGUGGAAAAAAUUUUUAAAACAUUUGCGCAAAAAACUCAAUAA